UGCGUCAGACGAAUCUUAUUCUUCAUCCGUCGCAGCAAAAAAAAAAAAAAGAAAACAAAAAAGCAGAUUCUUGUACAAGUUUUCCCAUCUAAAAAUUAUUUUUAUAUUUCAGUGAAUUAUUUUCUUUAGCUAGACAGAUUAAAAACUACAAAAGAACAAAGAAAAUUAAAAUUCAGAAAUAAAAAAAUACACAAUAACACCAAAUAAAAGAGGGCGUAAUUGAGAGAAUGAGUGACAAAUACUUGCAGCCUGUAAAUAACCAUUUUGCUUUUGAUUCGAAUUUAGAGGACGUUGACGACAAUGAGUUCUUAAAGAACUCCAGAAACCCACGAAACAAUGGGAAUGGAAGUGAAAAUACUGGAGGUCGAGGUGGUGCAAUUCUUCGCCAUAUUGAUGGAAAUAAUAGUGACAAUUGUCAGGAUGAAGCAGCACGGAAACAUCAGAUAUUUGAACAAAAACGCCGAGAAAUUGAGGAACGGACAUUGGAAUCGACACAGAGGUCAUUGGGUUUGCUCUAUGACAGUGAACAAGUGGGAACUUCGACGGCCGUAGAGUUAGCAAAACAACGAGAGCAACUGGAGAGAACAAACAGAAAUUUGGAUGACAUUAACGCGUCGCUUAGAUACUCCCAGAAACACUUGAACGGAAUAAAGAGUGUCUUUGGAAGUAUAAGAAAUUAUUUUUCUGGGAGCCGAGAGACACCAAAUACUGUUAGCGAAAGGAAAUUAUCUAGCGACAGUCAUUCAUCUCAACCUGCGGACCGGGCCAAAAUUGAUGGACCUUCAGUUGCAUCCUCUACAAUAAGGUAUGAACAACAUCCAAUCUCACGUUUACGUGACGACGUUAGAAGUCAACAAAACAAUCAAACACAAAAUACUGCACGCAGCAAUCAAUUUGAGACGCAGUUGGAGACAAAUUUGAAUGAUAUGUGUGAUAACUUGUCACGUCUUAAAAAUCUAGCCAGUGAACUUGGAACGGAAAUCGAGACGCAGAAUGAAUUGUUGGAUAAUAUGAAUUAUAAAAUUGAAGAUGUAGAUAUGAAAUUGUCAAGGCAAAAUAAGGACAUAUCAAAGCUGCUGGGUAAAAAGUAAUUAGUCCACCGGUACUACACUGAAUAUGUUUUGGUUUCUUUAAUCAUUAAAUGAUAUGGGUAUUUCUAAUAAAGAAUUGUGUUUGUUUUGUAA